AUGGCGGCAUCAGCCAUAGGUCGCUCCGUCCUAAAAUUCCGAUCAUCUGCUCAAAUCCUCAAGCCAUCACCAUUUCUCUUACAUUCUUUCCGACCGUUUUCCGCUGACUCCGUAUCGCAUGCCGCCGGUUGGCAGCCAAUGCCAGAAUACGAUUUAGAACAUUGGAAUGUUCAUGUGGAGAGACCUGGUGGCGUUGGUUCUAAUAAACAACAGAAGAUUGAUUGUUACAUUCAAACCCUAGCUAUGGUUUUAGGAAGCGAGGAAGAAGCAAAAAAGAAGAUUUAUAAAAUUAAUCUUGGUAGUUUUGGAUGUGAGAUUGAUGAAGAGACGUCAAGGAAGAUUAUAGGACUACCUGGUGUGACGAGCGUUGGACCUGAUCUAUACUUUUAUAAAGAUGUCAACGAACUUGGAGGCAGUGAAUGCCUCUGA